AUGGGAGGUGGCGAUCUCAACCUAAAGAAGUCGUUCCACCCAACGCUGCGGCGUAACCAAGCCGCUGUUUACGAUGAAGAACAGAAGGCUCUGGCCGAGCGCAAACGUACUCAGCAGCGCAUCGAUGAAAUCAAGGAGGAGCGAGCCAAGGAAGAGCUGCAGCGGCAGCUUGAGGCCGCGGGAGGGAAGAAGAGAGUGGACAGAGUCGACUGGAUGUACCAAGGACCUACCGACGGCCAAGCCGGCACGACCGAGGAGAUGGAAGCAUACCUACUUGGAAAGCGGCGAAUCGAUAACCUGAUCAAAGGCAACGAGCACGAGAAGCUGGAAAAGAAUGCCGGACAGGAGACCUUCAUGGCCCUGCAGAAUGCGAACAGCGCCAGAGAUACCGCGGCCAAAAUUCGCGACGACCCGCUACUCGCGAUCAAGCGUCAAGAACAGGCGGCGUACGAAGCCAUGAUGAACGACCCUAUUCGACGCAAGCAGCUAUUAGCCUCCAUGGGCAAGGCAGACGAUAGCGACAAGAAGCACAGAAGCACACAUCGCGGUGAUGGACAUAAAAGACGACACCGCCGCCACAGUCGGGACCGAGACGGCGAUCGCCAUCGCGAUCAUGAUCGCUCGCAUAGAUCCCGACUUCGCUCUCAUUCACGAUCUCGAAGUCCACGUCGGCGCCGAUCAGAUUCUCGCGACGACGAUAGAGGCGCCAAACGGCCGCGAGAUGAUUCGGAAGAACGAAGCACUCGACGCUACCGGGACGACCCGGAUGAUAGAAGAUAUAGUGCGAGAGACGACUCAAGGAGGCAUGAAAGGUCGCCUCGACGAAAGCGUGGUGACUCUGAUGCUACGCAUGCACGGCGAAAAUCUCCUGUCAAUGACAGGCCUCGCUAUCGCGACUCUUAUCACAGGAGGGGAGACCGACCUCAGCACGGUCAAAAUGGCGGUAGAAGAUUCAACAGCAAUGGAGGCAGGCGUGAUGGAUAUCGAAAUGGAGGACAGAACAGCAACGGAGAAGACGAAUGGGUCAAGGAGGAGGAAAAGGCGCGAAAGUUGGCAACUAUGCAAGACGCUGCGAGUGAACUGGAUCAAGAUCGCAGCGACCGACUAGCAGCGAUCGAGGAAAGGGAGCGCCUCGCUCGAGAUGCGGAUGAUAAUGCACGGGAGCGCAAUGGCGAGAGAGCAUUUACGAACGGCCUGCAUCGGCGAGCCGGAGAUAUGGAUCUCGGAGCCAGGAUGGGGCGCAACAAUAAGCAUGGGUAUCAAAGAGAUGAUGAUUAA